AUGCCGUACAAAUAUCAACGUCGAUUCGUCGUGGUGGUGAAGAAAACUCUCAAGACAAUUUGCCUCCUUCAAGUCGUUGCCCUCACUAUCAAUGUAUGGGUAUUGAUCAAACAGCAGGUUCUGACGUUAAUCCUGGUGUUCUUGAUUGGGCGCCUCAUUUACCGGCGAUAUUUCUCUCCUCUAUCCCCAUACCCUGGCCCAUUCCUCGCCUCACUGACCAGGCUGUGGAAGGUUUGGAUUGUAUCCAAAGGGCAGCUCCAGGAGGAUUUCAUUCAGAUACACCGCAAGUACGGCCCAAUUGUUCGUGUAGGCCCCAAUGAACUCUCUUUUGCUUCACCGGAAGCGGCGCGAGAUAUUCUCGCUCCAGGAAAUGGAUUCACAAAGACGGAGUUUUAUAACGUCUUUCCUCCAAAGGAUUUCCCCGAUAUUUUCACAGAGACCAGGGAGUGGAAACAUGCAGCAAUGAAACGCGUUGCAGUUGUCCCAUACAGCCUUGCUAGCGUCCAAAAAAUGAGCACUUGGAUUGAAGAUGUCCAGAGGCAAAUGGUGGAAAAGCUCAGGCAAUACGCUGAUGGCGGGAAAAUCUGCGACCUAGGAGACCUACUGCACUGGUUUGCAUUCGAUGUCGUGGGAGAGUUCGCGUUCUCUCAACGGUAUGGAUUUUUGGAACAGGAAAAGGAUGUCGGAGGAACCAUUGCAUUUAUCGACAGUAUUCAGUGGUACCAUGGGUUGUGUGGCCAAGUGCCAGAACUUCGCCAUAUCUUACUCUUCAAUCCACUAUUGCAGUACAUUAUCAAUAAAAUCGGUAUGCCUAAGCUGACAGAGAUGGCCAUGGGGGAAGUACGAAAGAGGAGACAGAGUGGUGCUGCUUUCCUAAGUCCCGACAGAAAAGAUCUGCUUGGUCAAUUGAUCCAAGGAGGAGACAAAAGUCCAACCAGUUUUUCUGAGAUGGAUAUCUUCGCUAUCUCGCAUGGCGCUAUUGGUGCAGGCGCUGACUCAACUGCUUCAACGAUGCAAUCUUUCUGCCAUUUUGUCUUGUCAAAUCCAGACGUAUAUUCGCGGCUGGCGGCGGAGGUGAGAGGGGCGGGUCUCUCCUCACAAGUCAGCUGGCAAGAAGCACAAGACUUACCGUAUUUCCAAGCAUGCCUGAUGGAAACGAUGAGAAUGAGACCAGCUGUUGGCCUAAGUAUUCCUAGAUAUGUUCCGUCCAUAGGCGCCACCAUCGACGGCAAGCGAUAUCCAGGGGGCAUGGUUGCAUCGACAAAUGCUUGGGUGGUCCAUCGUGAUGAAACGUUGUAUGGAGAAUAUCCCGACAAGUUUUGGCCAGAGCGGUGGCUGAAGAAUGAUGUCAAGGAGAUGAAGAAGCACAUGUAUCAGUUUGGUGGAGGAGGUCAUCUUUGCAUUGGUCGAAAUCUUGCUCAAUUUGAGAUGAACAAGAUUCUACCACAGCUCAUCAUGAACUUCGACUUCGAAUUGCGGAUCAUGACUUCAAAUUCGACAUCUUCCUCAAGUUCGCCGAGUUCUGCCGGUCUUGGGAUAACAGGAGGCUAUGAGGGCGAUAGCCUGGCACUGAAAGUCAUCAUUGCUUUCUUCCUCGGCCUCUCCAUGUACAACGUUGUUGAACUUCUCAUCCUCAUCUUCGGCACCUUCACAAAGUUCAAGGGCUUGUACUUCUGGAGCUUAGUGAUAUCAAGCCUUGGGAUAAUCCCAUAUUCGCUUGGAUUUAUCUUCAAGUACUUUUCAAUCCUGACGGGGGGAGGGAAAUGGUUCUCGGUUUUUCUGCUCUCAAUUGGCUGGUACCCUAUGGUCACAGGCCAAGCGAUUGUUCUCUGGUCACGCUUACAUCUCAUUGUGACGGGUGAAACUGGCGACAAAAUUCUGUUGUAUACGAAAUGGAUGAUUAUCACGAAUGCUAUAGUGUUGCACAUUCCGACAACUGUGCUUACCUGUGGGUCAAAUAGCGACACGAGCACGGAAGUCUUUGUUCGCGGAUACAACGUCAUGGAAAAGAUUCAAAUGUGUGGAUUUUUUCUACAAGAGAUAAUCCUAUCCUCAAUUUACAUUCUCGAGACGAUUCGAAUACUUCGGAGUUCGGUCAAAGGCAAUACCCAUCGUCUCAUGUAUCAAUUAAUGGCCAUUAAUAUCCUCAUCAUCAUUAUGGAUCUGGCGUUACUUGGCUUAGAGUGCGCAUCAUUGUACAUCCUCGAAACAACCACCAAACCCGUCUUCUACUCCAUCAAGCUCAAACUCGAAUUUGCUAUCCUUGGGAAACUGGUUCAUUUCGUCGGCGGGCCUCGAAGUAAUGGCCGCGCUUCCACCGCCCUGUCGGAGCCGGAAAAACGAAAUGGUUCAAAUACCCAUCGGCGCAAGAGUACUGCCAGUAAAGCUGAUGAGAACGACAUUUCAGAAUUCGUGGACUUAACGAAGAUUAAAACUGAUGUUACACGCACUUCACACCCUGGGAGGAACAGCAGCGCUGUAAGGCCGGAUCCAAACGAUCUCAACAUUGACCUCGAAAUUGCGAGGAUGGAACACUGGGAUACUCUUCCCUCAAGUGUACAGGGCUCAAACGGCGAGAUUCAUUCGACACGAAAGCUUGAAUCACUCAAGAGGUAUUACUCAGGAGCAUCAUGA